UGCCCACUGAACAGAGAGGUGUGCUAGUGCCUGAUAUUGGAGCUGCCAACUACCAAAAAAAUACAUCUUCCUGUACACGCCCUUAACAAUGGCAGAUUUCGACUUGAAGACUCUUAAUGAGCUUUACGAACAAAAGAACUGGGACGGUUGUAAGACAGAAUUGCUUAGACUGAAAAUUGUCUUGGCUAGAAACGAUUUAUUACUGCCUACAGACCAAGAAGACACUUCUUGUUUUGCCCGUAACGUUUAUGAAUACGGUGCUCUUGUUUCUGUUCAAAUAGCCGACAUUGACUCUUUUGCUCGUUAUGCCAACCAAGUAAUGCCCUUUUACUACUGCCCUUCCCUCGCGCCUUCACCUAGAAUGGGUUUGGUAAUGGCUUUAAAAAUGCUGUAUCUGCUUUCGGAAAACAGAAUUGCAGAGUUUCAUACGGCCCUGGAAUCCAUGCCGGACAAAACUCUCUUUGAAAACGACACUUACGUCAAAUGGGUCAUGUCCCUAGAGCAAAAUGUGAUGGAGGGUGCCUUUGAUAAGGUUGCACGGUCUAUCAACGAGUGCAAUGUGCUCGAAUUCUCUUACUUUAUGAAUAUUGUCAUGUCGAUGGUUCGAAACGAAAUUGCAUCCUGUGCCGAAAAAGUGUACUCGACGCUUCCUCUCACAAACGCAACCAGCUUGCUAUUCCUCAAAGGAACGGCGGAGACAGAACGGUUGGCUGCUGAGCGCAACUGGACCGUUAAAAACGGUAUGAUCACAUUCCCCAAAGAAACACAAACCGAUUCCUACGACAUGGACAUGGAUGAGGAAAGCACCAGCGAUCUGAACCUCCUUGAUCCCAAGCAUGACGCUGCUGUAAAGAACAUCCGUCAAUUACUUGGUUAUACCGCAGAGCUGGAACAAAUUGUCUAAGUAAGAAUUCAAUGCAUUCGAUCAUGACAUGGGUGGACCCUUUCCUUUGUUCACCAUGACACACACUAUUACCGUAAAUGAAAGAUGGACGCAACAGAAGCGAAAGACCGCCUUUAGAACCUAAAACAACGCACAAAUAAACCGUCGACCAGCACAACACACACUCGCGAGGCUCACUCCUCUCCCCCGACCUCUAC